GAUAACUAGUCGUCACCGACUUUAUAGAUGCUGCGUGGGACUCGCAACCCCCUCUCUUCGUAGUGAAAAGAGCGGAAGCGAGCGUCUAGGGUUUAGGCCGCUGCACCAGCUCUCCUCCGCUCUUCUCCGGAGGGGUGAAAUCGAAGCUUAGAACCCUAAACGGGGGAAUCUUCGUGCUACGAAACCCUAGGUUUCGCGAUUAGGGCUUGACCUUCGCAUUAGACCUACAUCAUGCCCCCGAAGGCCGCCAAAUCGAAGGAGGCCGUGACCGAGCGCUCGAUCCUCGGCCGAUUCUCGUCCCACCUCAAGAUCGGAAUCGUUGGCUUACCGAAUGUUGGGAAAUCAACUCUGUUUAACACGCUCACCAAGCUUUCGAUUCCGGCGGAGAACUUCCCAUUCUGCACCAUAGAGCCCAAUGAGGCACGGGUUAAUGUACCGGAUGAGCGGUUUGACUGGCUUUGUCAACUAUACAAGCCAAAGAGCGAGGUUUCAGCUUUUCUAGAGAUACAUGACAUAGCUGGACUUGUAAGAGGGGCUCAUGAGGGACAAGGCUUGGGCAACAACUUUUUAUCCCAUAUCCGUGCAGUUGAUGGAAUCUUUCAUGUCUUAAGAGCCUUUGAAGAUCAAGAAAUCAUUCAUGUCGACGACUCUGUGGAUCCUGUUAGAGAUUUAGAGACCAUUGGUGAAGAGCUACGGCUUAAGGAUUUAGAGUUCAUGGAUAGGAGGUUGGAGGAUCUUGAGAAGUCAAUGAAAAGGAGCAAUGACAAGCAGCUUAAAAUUGAACAUGAAUUGUGUGAGAGGGUCAAAGCAUGGUUACACGAGGGAAAAGAUGUUCGUUUAGGUGACUGGAAAGCUGCUGAUGUUGAGAUCCUGAACACUUUCCAGUUACUUACCGCCAAGCCAGUCGUAUAUUUGGUUAAUAUGAAUGAGAGGGACUAUCAAAGGAAAAAGAACAAAUUUCUACCGAAGAUACAUGCUUGGGUUCAGGAGCAUGGUGGAGAGCCUAUCAUUCCUUUCAGCUGCGUUUUGGAAAAGAAACUAGUCGAUAUGCCCGAGGAUGAAGCUGCUAAAUACUGUGAAGAAAACAAGUUGCAGAGUGCUAUCCCGAAGAUCAUUAAGACAGGUUUUGCAGCAAUCAAUCUCAUUUACUUUUUCACUGCUGGUCCAGAUGAGGUGAAAUGUUGGCAGAUCAGACGGCAAACCAAGGCCCCUCAAGCUGCGGGUGCUAUUCAUACUGAUUUUGAAAAAGGUUUCAUAUGUGCUGAGGUAAUGAAGUUUGAAGACCUAAAGGAUCUGGGCAGUGAAGCAGCAGUUAAGGCUGCUGGAAAGUAUAGACAGGAAGGGAAGACUUACAUAGUUCAGGACGGAGACAUUAUUUUCUUCAAAUUUAAUGUAUCUGGGGGCGGGAAGAAGUGAUUUUCUCUAUAAAGGCGAAAACCCUAAAUAGGAAGUUACUCGACUUACGACUUUUGUUGUCGUAAUCUUAAUUAUAUUCUUUUGAGAUUACUGAGUCAGCAAACGAAGAGUGAUAAUGUACUUGGAUUGUUCAGUGUGAUGAUGUUCUUACGCGAAGCUUGAAACUUGUAAUAACACCAAAUAUGCAGCAAAUUUUGUUUCUGGUUUGCAGCUUUAUUUAAUCCUGUACUUGCUUGGAACAUAUAGAGUGUUGUGAUUAACUGCGAAAUUUUAGUGAACGAAUGCCAAACGUGAAGAUAUUUUCAUGA